GGGGACACGUCAUCGGAAAUUUGGCGGUUGAGAACAAUUGCAGCUGCAAAGUUCAAUUGGUCGGUAUCUCAAACCAUAGCCCUGGGGGGUUCUUUUCUCAUCUCAGAGAGUGACUCGGAGAGAAUUGAAGCAGCUCUCAAAUGGCGAUACGAGCGGUGGGAGUGGCAGCAACGGCGAGAGGUAGCAUCAUCGUGAGCUCACAAAGUGAGAAUCGCCAUUGCUUUCUCUCACUGCAUCCUCCUCCUCGUCCCAAUCACCACCAUUUCCAUGGCUAUGUCGGGUCAAUACCAAGCACAAGCACAACCACCAGUACCAACGGUGUCUUCAUCCACUUGGAGCCUAUCGGUCCCAAAUCCCGACGCCGUUCGGAGCUAUUGACCAUACCUAAAGCCGCUGAUUCCACCCAGCCUUCCUCCGUCUCCUCCUCCGCCGGCAAAACCGUCGUCGCCGACGACCAAUUCUCGCUUGCUAAGGUUUCAUUUGGUGUUAUUGGUCUAAGUGUUGGAAUUUCACUCUUAGGGUAUGGUUUUGGAGCAUAUUUUAAUAUACUACCUGGAUCUGAAUGGUCAGCUUUGAUGUUGACCUAUGGCUUUCCUCUUGCAAUUAUUGGUAUGGCUCUCAAGUAUGCUGAACUCAAGCCGGUGCCAUGCUUGACUUAUUCAGAUGCUGAAAAGUUAAGAGAAACAUAUGCCACUCCGAUUCUUAAACAGGUCAGGAACGAUGUAAUCAGAUAUCGAUAUGGGGAUGAGCAGCAUUUGGAGGAGGCAUUGAAACGGAUAUUCCAGUAUGGUCAGGGUGGGGGAAUUCCAAGGAGAAGUGCACCUAUUCUGCAAAGCAUUCGUGAAGAAGUCACUGAAGAUGGUAGAUACUCUUUAGUACUGGUGUUUGAAGCUAAAGCUUUGCAGUUGUCGGAUUUUGAACGGAGACAGGCCAAGUUCACUUCAUUCUUUGGACCGGGGAUUACAGCUGAAGUUGCUAAGGGAGAGAAAGAUCUGUACGAAGUCCGACUUAUUUCAAAUGCAAACAGUACUGGAUCACCAUGAUAACAACUCUGAUUUUGUAAUCCAAUUGUUCUAAAUAUUUUGGUUUCGAUCAUUAUAGUCCUAUAGUAAAAUUGUGCUGACAUUCAGUUUGGCAAAAACACUAAUGCUUCCAUUUGUAAAUUAUGAAGAGAGAAAUGUAUGCAUAUAAGUUGGAAAAGAAUGAAUGAUACAAAUGCAGCAAAAUUUAGAUUCCA